AAUCAGCAGGCUGGCCGGCCCCCGCAUCCGUGCACAAAUUUGUGCACUGGGCCUCUAGUGGAGUAUAAAGGGGCAAGGUAGAAGUUAAAGACAUAUCUAGUAAUACAGGUGAGAAAUGAUUGCUUGAACUGGGUUAGUUGCUGUAGAGAUGGGGGGAAAGUUGACAAAUUUAAGUUUUUUUGGAGAUACGGUUUUCUAAGAUUUUGGAAAGAAUCAAAUAUCUGAGUGGGAAAAAAAAUCUGACAGUUGGAUUAGUGAUACUGACAAUGACUUCUUUCCUUACAAAGCCUCUGUGUUUCAGUCUUUGGUGUCUGUGAAUAUCUUAAAGGCAGAAACUGUCUUUUUUUAUUGUACGCACCUAGCAAAGUGUUUGGGACGUAGAAGGCACUUCAUCCAUCCAUCCAUCAUCCAUCCAUCCAUCCAUCCAUCCAUCCAUCCAUCCAUCCAUCAUCCAUCCAUCCAUCCAUCAACAUCUAACAUCUGCUAAAUGCUACUAUGUCUGUCCCAUGCUAGAAGCUAGAUAGUGUUUCCGUAGAGGCCAGAGAAUCCUCUCUCUUUGAGGGACUAACUUUAGAGGUUACCUGAGUUAUCCAGGAAGCAGGCUGAAGUAUGAUCUUAAUGAAACUGAGGAGAAUGUGAUUCUAUGAAAAACCAGCCCUGUUUUGGAAGGCACCUCAUUGCGAGCAUGCUUUCUGCAAUGCCUGCAUCACCCAGUGGUUCUCUCAGCAGCAGACGUGCCCGGUGGACCGCAGCGUAGUGACGGUUGCCCACCUGCGCCCAGUACCUCGGAUCAUGCGGAACAUGUUGUCAAAGCUGCAGAUUGCCUGCGACAACGCUGUAUUUGGCUGUAGUGCUGUUGUUCGGCUUGAUAACCUCAUGUCUCACCUCAGUGACUGUGAGCACAACCCAAAACGGCCUGUGACCUGUGAACAGGGCUGCGGCCUGGAGAUGCCCAAAGAUGAGCUGCCAAACCACAACUGCGUUAAACACCUGCGCUCAGUGGUACAGCAGCAGCAGACACGCAUCGCAGAGCUGGAGAAGUCCUCGGCUGAACACAAACACCAGCUGUCGGAGCAGAAGCGAGACAUCCAGCUGCUGAAGGCAUACAUGCGUGCAAUCCGCAGUGUCAACCCCAACCUUCAGAAUCUGGAGGAGACAAUUGAAUACAAUGAGAUCCUAGAGUGGGUGAACUCCCUGCAGCCAGCAAGAGUGACCCGCUGGGGAGGGAUGAUCUCCACCCCAGAUGCUGUCCUCCAGGCUGUAAUCAAGCGCUCCCUGGUGGAGAGUGGCUGUCCUGCCUCUAUUGUCAACGAGCUGAUAGAAAAUGCCCAUGAGCGAAGCUGGCCCCAGGGUCUGGCCACACUAGAGACAAGACAGAUGAACCGGCGGUACUACGAGAACUAUGUGGCCAAACGCAUCCCUGGCAAGCAGGCUGUUGUCGUGAUGGCCUGUGAGAACCAGCAUAUGGGCGAUGACAUGGUGCAGGAGCCGGGGCUCGUCAUGAUAUUUGCCCAUGGCGUUGAAGAGAUAUAGAUCCCCGCGGGCUGUCAGGAAGAGAUGGAAAUCAGAAAAUCUCAUCACUCCAGUAGCUGAGCCCUGAGUCCUCCCCCCUGUCCUUAAUCUUGUGGCUUAUCCUUGAGCCACACAUCUCCGUGCUCUUCGGGCACUGAGGGGCCCUGGAACACUUUGCUCAGCCUUGUGGGUGGGAAACCCAGGUUCCCUUCUUUUGCCUAAUUCCUUCCCCUAAGAUGUCUGUAAAUUUUCAGUCUGGUUGGGAAAGUCCCCAUUCUAUAUCCACUUUCCUGCCUAGGGUCCCUGGUUCCAGAUAUUUUCAGAAAGCACAAAGAUACUCAUUUUCUCUUGAAGGAUCAGGGUGGAGUGAGACAUUUUGAAUCAUUCCCCUCUUCAAACCCGGGAAUCUGAGCAGGCAGGCCUGUUGACUCUAAACACUUAGCGGGCAGCUCUGGGAGCAGGCAUCCUGAAGAAAUAGGAAGGGUGGAACCAAAACCCUAGAAGUAAUGAGCCAGUAACUGGCCAUCAUUGAUGGCCCUUAGGGGAAGACUGGAACUCUGUGCCAAGCAAUACCUUGUUUAGUCCAUCUUAAAGGUGCAGGCUCCCAUUGGUCUGCAGGUGUGCAGGUUGGGAUGCCGAAAAUUUCCAGAUGAGCUCUUCUUUCCUAUACUUUCUCUUAGUUAAGGAAUGCAGGAGUGGGAGUAGGGGUUAGUCUGUUGGGGUGAAUAUGCUCAGCACGAAGCAGCUCUCUGGCAUUUGCUGAAGUCAGGUAGGCACCUGCCUCUGGCACAGGCCAUAGUAGCUCCCUGCCCCUCCAGCCCUGUGAUUGAACUAGUCAUUUUGAUAAUUCCCUUUGGCCAUUGUGGUGUGUUUAUAUUUCACUCCCUCCCACAUUUUUUUUUUAAGAAUGGCCUACUUAAGGCUACCCCACUUUUCCAGCCCAGCCACAUUGUUGGCAAUUUAAUUUAUUUACUUUUUUUUUUUAAAGAAAGGAAAAAGAAAAAAAUGAACAAAACUUAAAAUUUUUCUUUUAUUGUUCCUAUGGUGGGGAUUCUGAAUAGGGUGGGACAGGGGUGGGGUCUAUUUUAUAUUUUUCCUUUUCAGCACAACCUUUGGCUAUAAUGUAGGAAGGGCCAAAGGAGUCCUUGGCGGAACUUAUGUUGGCUCCAACCCUCCGUAACCCACUCUGAGAUGAGCUUCCUUUCUUCCAGGGAUGGAUGUGACAGGCAGCACCGAUGCCUGAGCCUCUGGGGAACUGCUCCUGGCCCUUCCAGGGUCUCAUCAUGAAAUUUGGAUUUAGAGUAUUAAUUUUGAAGAAACCACCCCAUUUCCUUGGAGACAUAUAGCUGGGAUCUAAGGUUCACCAGGCAAGAUGGAGCAGAAAUUAUGCCUUUGUCCCUGAGUACAGACAAUACUCUGUCCCAUCCACACCCCUGAAUGGCUGCAGCUCCAUUUCAGACUACACAGGCAUUCCUUGACCCACUAGGGCAGUGAUGGCGAACCUAUGACACACGUGUCAGAGGUGACACGCAAACUCAUUUUUUUGGUUAAUUUUUCUUUGUUAAAUGGCAUAUAAAUAUAUAAAAUAAAUAUCAAAAUAGAAA